AUGACAUACGAUCACGAUGAGUUGUCCACUUCAAUAAUUUUUAGUCAUAAACCGCGAACUAACGCAGCAAUAGGCAUGUUGAAAUACGUAGGUGUCCUGCUAACAAAGGAGCAAAUAUUCAAGAUUGCCUCGAGUAUCCUAAAAGAAGAUAUCGCUGAUAUACACGACACGAAUUCAUUUCUUCGCGCAUUUGGCUCCGUUCUGCAUGACCUGUACAGAAGUAGCCCGGCAUACUAUAUUCACCCGAUGGCCAUACCUCGUCGUUCACCGAAGGACGAAGACACGCAUUUCCUUCUUGUAUGCCAUGUAUACAAAAACUCUCGCGAGACACGCAUGAACUAUACUAGCAAGCCGGUGACGGACAGAGAUGCCAAAAUUCUCGGAUGGUUGAAAGAGAACGGGAUGGAGUCCCAAGAUAUCCUUAAUCAAUGGACGACGGUGCCCGAUCCCAAAUACGAUAUGUGA